CCGCCGAGUUACAAAGUUCCGAGUGCGGGGGGCGGGGGCGGGAAAGAAGCCCCGCGACCCCCGCCCGCCCGCCCGCCACUACAGCGACCCUGGCCAGCCGAGCCCGAGCCUGCCCGGUAACUCCCGAGCCCCUCAAACUUCCCCAGGACCGUCAGGGUCCGAUCUUCCCCGCCCGCGUGGGGGCCCCGCGGGGUGUCCGGACCUUUCAGUCCCCAGGUCCCUCGGUGCCCCAUCCCUCUCCUCCGGAGCCAACUGAUCCCCCCAGGCGCGGGGAUUCCGACUCAGGGGUGCACCUCUCUGCCCUAGUUCACGCAACCCCUUCCCACGAUCGCGGGUGGAUGUGGGCGUGAGGCGGCCGGGCGCCACCCCGUCGCCCCCGAUGGCUGCCCCCGCCGCUUCCUCCCCUCCCGCUGGGCUCCCUCUCUCCCCGGGGCCGGGGUCGCCGCCCCUAGUCCACGCGGGACCCGAGUUGUCGCAGCAGCAGCAGCAGCAGCAGCAGCAGCAGCAACAACAGCAGCAGCAGCAACAACAGACACCGCCCCCCCUGCUGCUGGCCCCGGGCCCCGGCGGGGUCUCCUUCCACAUUCAGAUCGGGCUGACCCGCGAGUUCGUGCUGCUGCCGGCCGCCUCUGACCUGGCCCACGUUAAGCAGCUGGCGUGCUCCAUCGUGGACCAGAAGUUCCCAGAGUGUGGCUUCUAUGGUCUGUAUGACAAGAUCUUACUCUUCAAGCAUGACCCCACCUCCGCUAACCUCCUGCAGCUGGUUCGGUCUGCUGGGGAUAUCCAGGAGGGAGAUCUUGUGGAGGUGGUGCUGUCUGCUUCUGCCACCUUUGAGGACUUCCAGAUUCGUCCACACGCCCUCACUGUGCAUUCCUACCGAGCUCCAGCUUUCUGUGACCAUUGUGGGGAGAUGUUGUUUGGCCUGGUGCGCCAGGGCCUCAAGUGUGAUGGCUGCGGACUGAAUUACCACAAACGCUGUGCCUUCAGCAUCCCCAACAACUGUAGCGGGGCCCGGAAGCGCCGUCUCUCCUCCACCUCGCUGGCCAGUGGACACUCCCUCCGGCUUGGCACAUCUGAGUCUCUGCCUUGCACUCCCGAUGAGCUGAGCCGCAGCUCGACUGAGGCCUUCUCCCGCCGCCUGCCCUCAUCAUCCUCUUCCUCUUCCUCUGCAUCCUACAUGGGCCGCCCCAUUGAGCUGGACAAGCUGCUGAUGUCCAAGGUUAAGGUCCCGCACACCUUCCUCAUCCACAGUUACACCCGGCCUACCGUCUGCCAGGCCUGCAAGAAGCUCCUGAAGGGCCUCUUUCGACAGGGCCUCCAGUGCAAAGAUUGCAAGUUUAACUGUCACAAACGCUGUGCCACCCGAGUCCCCAAUGACUGCCUGGGAGAGGCACUCAUCAACGGCGAUGUGCCCAUGGAAGAAGCAGGUGACUUUGGGGACUCUGACAAGGGUUCUAUGAUGGAUGAGUCCGAAGACUCUGGGGUCAUCCCUGGCUCCCAUGCAGAGAAUGCGUUGAGGGCCAGUGAGGAGGAAGAAGGGGAAGCUGGCAAGGCCCAGAGUUCCCUUGGGUAUAUCCCCCUGAUGCGAGUUGUCCAGUCAGUGAGACACACCACCCGAAAGUCCAGCACGACCCUCCGAGAGGGCUGGGUUGUUCACUACAGCAACAAGGACACAUUGCGGAAACGUCACUACUGGCGGCUGGACUGCAAGUGCCUCACCCUUUUCCAGAACAACACGACUAACCGAUACUAUAAGGAGAUCCCUCUGUCUGAGAUCUUGGCUGUGGAACCGGCCCAGAACUUCUCUCUGGUGCCCCCGGGCACCAACCCACACUGCUUUGAGAUCAUCACUGCCAAUGCCGUCUACUUUGUGGGCGAGACGCCCAUCCUGGCCCCUGGCGGCCCAGGUGGUGGGCAGGGGGCUGAGACUGCUCGGGGUUGGGAGACGGCCAUCCGCCAGGCCCUGAUGCCGGUCAUCCUGCAAGACGCUCCUAGCACUCCUGGCCACGCGCCCCACAGGCAGGCCUCUCUUAGCAUUUCUGUGUCUAACAGUCAGAUCCAGGAGAAUGUGGACAUUGCUACAGUCUACCAGAUCUUCCCUGAUGAGGUGCUUGGCUCUGGGCAGUUUGGAGUUGUCUAUGGAGGGAAGCACAGGAAGACGGGCAGGGAUGUGGCUGUGAAAGUCAUAGAUAAACUCCGAUUCCCCACCAAGCAGGAGAGCCAGUUACGGAAUGAGGUGGCAAUUCUACAGAGUCUCCGGCAUCCAGGCAUUGUGAACCUGGAGUGUAUGUUUGAGACCCCCGAAAAGGUGUUUGUGGUGAUGGAGAAGCUGCACGGAGAUAUGCUGGAGAUGAUUCUGUCCAGUGAGAAGGGGCGGCUGCCUGAGAGGCUCACCAAGUUCCUCAUCACCCAGAUCCUGGUGGCCCUGAGACACCUGCACUUCAAGAACAUCGUUCACUGUGACCUGAAGCCAGAGAACGUGCUUUUGGCCUCUGCAGACCCCUUCCCUCAGGUGAAACUCUGUGACUUUGGAUUUGCCCGUAUAAUUGGGGAGAAGUCUUUCCGACGCUCGGUCGUGGGGACUCCUGCGUAUCUGGCACCCGAGGUAUUAUUGAAUCAGGGCUACAACCGCUCCUUGGACAUGUGGUCUGUGGGUGUGAUCAUGUACGUCAGCCUCAGUGGCACCUUCCCCUUUAAUGAGGACGAGGACAUUAACGACCAGAUCCAGAAUGCGGCCUUCAUGUACCCAGCUAGCCCUUGGAGCCACAUCUCUGCUGGAGCCAUAGACCUGAUCAACAACCUGCUGCAGGUGAAGAUGCGAAAGCGAUACAGUGUAGACAAGUCGCUCAGCCAUCCCUGGCUCCAGGACUACCAGACUUGGCUGGACCUGCGAGAGCUGGAGGGCAAGAUGGGGGAGCGGCACAUCACCCACGAGAGUGACGACUCCCGCUGGGAGCAAUUUGCCGCCGAGCACACGCUGCCUUACCCGGCACACCUGCGCGGGACGGGAGAGGGUGGGGAGCCCGGAGACGGGGGCGUGAGCCUGGGGAGGGUCGCCGAGCCCUUCCCCCCUCAGGACCAGGAGAUGCAGGGUCUGGCCGAGCGGGUCAGCGUCCUCUGAGGCUGCUUGGAACCCAGCAUCCCCAAGCACCUCUGAUGGAAAGGGGGCUGCCUUUUCUUUCUAUGGACCUGACUGGCCUAUUCCAGCACCUGCCCUCACCCCCAGCCUUCUCCCCUUACCCCUGGAGGAGUGAGGAGGGUCAGAGGCGGGCUGAGAGUUUCCCAGGAACGCCCUCGGGCUGCGCUCUUUUUGCCCCGCCCCAACGUACCCCUCCCUUGAGCUUCUUCCCGUGGAACAGUAAA